GAUCAUCUUUUCCACCCCGUUUGCUGUCAUCGCCUACUUUCUCAUCUGGUUUGUGCCAGACAUCUCCAGAGGCCAAGUGAUGUGGUACCUCGUCUUCUACUGCAUCUUCCAGACGCUCAUGACGUGCUUCCAUGUGCCCUACUCGGCGCUGACCAUGUUCAUCAGCAGGGAGCAGAGCGAGCGGGACUCGGCCACCGCCUACCGUAUGACUGUGGAAGUGCUGGGCACCGUGCUGGGCACAGCCAUCCAGGGCCAGAUCGUGGGCAAGGUGGUUACUCCCUGCAUCGAGAGCCCUCUCUUCAUUGGGAAGACCAACUCUUCGGUGGCCAUGGAGGAGCUAAACAUGACCCACGACACCGGGUCACUCACAGACACUAGAAAUGCCUACAUGAUCGCUGCAGGGGUCAUCGGGGGCCUCUACAUCCUCUGUGCUGUGAUCCUGUCGGUGGGCGUGCGGGAGAAGAGAGAGUCCUCUGAGCUCCAGUCGGACGAGCCUGUCUCCUUCUUCCAGGGGCUGAAGCUGGUGAUGAACCACGGUGCCUACAUCAAGCUCAUCGCCGGCUUCCUCUUCACCUCGCUGGCCUUCAUGCUGCUGGAGGGUAACUUUGCCCUUUUCUGCACCUACACCCUGGGCUUCCGCAACGAGUUCCAGAACAUCCUCCUGGCCAUCAUGCUCUCGGCCACCUUGACCAUUCCCCUCUGGCAGUGGUUCCUUACCCGCUUUGGGAAGAAGACUGCUGUCUACGUGGGCAUCUCGUCUGCCAUUCCCUUCCUCAUCAUGGUGGCUGUCCUGGACAGUAACCUCAUCAUCACCUACAUCGUGGCUGUUGCAGCUGGGAUCAGCGUCGCAGCCGCCUUCCUCCUGCCCUGGUCUAUGCUCCCAGACGUCAUAGACGACUUCAAGCUGCAACACCCCGAUUCCCAUGGCCAUGAAGCCAUCUUCUUCUCCUUCUAUGUCUUCUUCACUAAGUUCACCUCUGGGGUCUCCCUGGGCAUCUCCACACUCAGCUUAGACUUUGCAGGGUACCAGACCCGGGGCUGCUCCCAGCCCAAUGAGGUGAACUUCACCCUGAAGAUGCUGGUGUCGGCUGUGCCUGUGGGGCUGAUCCUUCUGGGCCUGCUCCUGUUCAAGCUGUAUCCCAUUGAUGAGGAGAAGCGGAGGAAAAACAAGAAAGCCUUGCAGGACUUAAGGGAGGAGAGCAACAGCAGCUCUGAGUCGGACAACACAGAACUGGCCAGCAUCGUGUGA